AUGUUGUUGUAUUGUGUUCUGCCUUCAAUCCAAUUCAUUACGAUUUUAAAUUUAGCCGCGCCUUUUACCUAUUUUGUUCACCCAGUUGCUUUCCUUCUCCAGCUCUCUUUCUUUCUUGCUCAUUCUUAUUCCAGCGGUCCACCGGCUGGCGUUUGUUCCUCUCUCGUUCCUGGCCACUCUUCUUCAACGGGUGGGCCCAAUCCAGGUGGCUUCUACAUCUUCUCUGAUCUGAUCGACAAUGGUGGCGACUACAAUGCCAGCCAGUCCUACACUAUUCGCUUGGCAGGUAGCCGCCAGUUUAAAGGGUUGAUGAUUCAAGCCAGGGAGGCUGGCACCACAAAUUUAAUUGGCAGUUUUUCUAAUUUACCUUCUGGGACUAAAACACUAACCUGUGGUUCUUCUUCGUCAGCUACGGUCACUCAUUCAGAUUCUAGUUUAAAGAAUAGCGUCACAGUAACAUGGACUGCUCCAGAUACUGCUGGCAUGCUUGAAAUCAGGUAUACUGUGGUCAUAAGGAAUGAUGGCAGUAGUAUAUUCUAUGCAAACAUGAACGCUGGUGAUUUCAGACCUGGUAGCACUGAGAUAUGUCCAAUGACUGAUAAGGUAAGUUCCAUAAAUCCUUACAAUAUUCUAUAUACAUAUCUAUCAAAUUACUUAAGUGCUGACAUGUACCUUAUUUACUUAAAUAAAAGCCCUGGCGUCUAUUUCCUAAAAUGGUACUUGGACCUCCAAAAAAAUUUUUUAAAUAAAAUAAAUCUUGGGCCCAGAGUGGGAUUGGAACUACUGACCUUACACAUUCGACUUCAGGAACUUAAAGGAAGUAUCUACAAGGCAUCUGAGUUGUUUUUAGCCUACGUGUAG